AUUCUUAGUGUCCACCAUCAGUACUACUACCGCCUGCAUGAUGACGACGCCAGUAGCACCUCUUCCAAGUCUUCGAGUGUCUUCUCAUUUCAUUCCUAGCCUCAAUCUCAUCCCAAACACAUCCCUGAAAAAUUACCCUCUCCUCAUAUAUCACGAAUGUUUCCCACCGUCGAUAUCAGCUGCUGUUAUCGAAGCCCAUUUAAGGUCCAUCGGCGUCGUCGAGCCCCAGUGGAGGUACACUAUGUACAACACGACACACUUUCAUAGCACUACUCACGAAGUACUAUGCAUCGCAUCUGGUCGUGCGAGGGUAUGUUUCGGUGGAGAAGACAAUCCUGGAAGGGUAGAAACGGAAGUUAAGAUUGGGGAUGUCAUUAUUAUUCCUGCAGGCGUGGGGCACAGGCUCUUGCAAGACUUGGACGGCGGAUUCGAGAUGGUCGGAAGUUACCCCAAGGGAAAUGACUGGGAUAUGUGUUAUGGUAGGGAGGAUGAGAAGGCAAAUAUUGAAGCCAUCAAAGACAUAGCAUGGUUUGACAGAGACCCUGUUUACGGCGACGAAGGACCUGCACUUCAG